AUGUCUAGUGAGUCUGGUCAGCCUCAGGCUGGCCCCUCACAGGCCUGCCUCUCCUGGCCGCUCCCAGAGAGAGAUCCAGCUGGGGUCCCGGGGAGAGUGGUUGAAGGGGCUGGUGUCCAAAAGGACAAGUCCUGGAUCCAAAUCAUCAGUUCCCCUCGACAGUGUUUCUCCUUCUCGGAGGUGGUGCCUGUCACGGUAUUGGCCAUUCAAAGAUAUCUUUUAGAGGAUGAGCUACCAGGGGAUGGAGUGCACAAGUCUCUUUACUGCUAUGAUGUGACCAUCUCUGAUGGGGUGUAUCAGAAGUGCUACCUGGACCCCAGCUUAAACUUUCUCGUCUAUAAGAAUAUUCUUAAAGCUGGCGUAGAAAUGCGAAUUACAGUCUCGUGUCUUUUUAAUGAGAGAAGGUUAGGCCAGAGGAUCCUGUGUCUAGAUAAGGUCCACUGUGGGGAGCCCUUAGAUGUCAUUUCUCUAGAAAAUCCCUUCAGAAACAGAGCGCACCAGGAGAAGCUAGAGAGGCCACUUCUUGGCAGGAGUAACCAUUACCUGGUGCUCUGGAAAAACGAAGACCCCUAUGGAAAUAUCUGGGUGGCCAACAAAACACCUGAGGAAAUCAACUUUGACAAUACCAAAAUCAUUUCUCUUUCUCAUCUUGAAAUGACCUGGACUACCAGAAAGAAUUUUCCUGCUUUGCUUGUGAGGAUCUUGAAUAAAUCAAAACUGAGAUACUAUGGGAAACCUAAUAAAAGGACAGUUGAGCCGUACCAGACCUAUUUGGAAAUUGCUGACAGAUCAGGCAUGGCAUCAGUGAUUUUGUGGAAUGCUUUGUGUGCUGAAUGGUAUAAAAGUUUACAAGUGGGCUUAGUUCUUCUCCUUCAAGAUUAUUCUGUGAAAAAGAGCUAUCCACUCAGGAUUCAGUCUGUACCUGUGGAUCCAAAGACAAGACUAAUUUCCACAAUGGAAAUCUGCCUGAAUCUUCGAGAUCCUCCAACGAAUAUAAUUAUCAUUCCAGAAAAUUAGUUGAAACUAGAAUGGAAAUUGCCAAAACUCAGACACCGAUUUACCACAAGAUCAGAAUUGGAAGAUAUGCCAGAAAAUGCUAUCUGUGAUGUGAUUGGUGUGUUAUCCUUUGUAGGGAGGGUCCAAAGAUCAAAAAAGAAAGAAAACAGUGAAGAUUAUUGGUCAUAUAGUUGGAUUCACAUCGCUGAUGGGACUUCAGAGCAACCGUUUAUAGUGGAACUGUUUUCUACAUCUCAGCCAGAAGUCUUUGAAAAUAUUUACCCAAUGGCAUAUUUUGUAUGUACCCAGUUGAAAGUUGUUAGAAGAAACAUUCAGGUACCUAGACUGCUUUACCUCACCACUACAAACGAGAGCCGAAUGUUUAUUAUUGGUCAAAAAAGCCAACCGUAUACAUAUGAACAGAAGGUUAAAAAAUUUUUUCAGUGGUUUAAAACAAGAAGUGAAUCGGAAGAAGUAAAUGAUACUGUUAUUGGUGGAUAUUACUCCUACCCACCGGUGCCAGAGACAUUUUUCAACUAUAGUCGUUCUGUUAAAGUUGGGUGGCUCUUGACAACUAUGUGUGAAGUGAGGAAAGUGAUUGAAGACUUGCAGUAUAGAGAACAAAAGCGCAUUGCAGUUCAGGAGAUAAUUACUGCUACAAAGUAUAUUCCCCAUAACUAUUCAACUGAAAGUGCCUCAGCAUCAGAAACACUUCGAAGUGAUAACCAGCCUUCAACAUCUCAAGCAGCUAGAGGAGAAAUCCAUUUUCAGGAAAGAGGUAGUAAAAGGCCUCAAGAUUUAAGGCAGAUGAGUUAUGAACAUGCAUCAACAAGCCAGAGUCCAUACACAAAGAGAAAAAUUCUUCAGGGCCCAUAUGCUAAUCCGGUCCCUGUGCCUCAGCCACAUGCUUCUGAAAACAUGGACAUGAACUACAUACCAAGUCGAGAACAAUUCAGUACUAAUGCCACAGGGAUGCUCAGAAAAAUCUCUUCUGAUGAAUGGGAGAGUCAGAUGUGGCAAGAGAAAAAGCUUGCUAUAAAAGACCACCUACAUUACAGCCAAGUUUAUCCUGAAAGUAUUCCAUGGAAAUUUAUUUUGAAGCAUGUAAAGUUUCUUACUCAACAAUAUAAUUCUUAGCCUGCAAAAUACAUACCCCCAGAAGGAAACCCCACCAAACUCAAUGAAUUUCAGACUGCCUGCAGCCUUGGACAUUUUGAAAUAACCAUCCUAGGUCUGAACCAUGAGACAACAAUUGAUCUUGCAUUCCUACCCAUGUAUUCUCCAGAAGAUGUUCGAACAUCUCAAAUAGACACGUUUUUGAACUGCAUGAAUUACAGUAUGUAUCAACCAGAUGUACCUGUCAGUGUACAUGUGCCAAAUCCCAAGGAAAUUGCAGGUAAUGUGGUUUCAGUUGAUAUUAUAAACGCAGCAGCUGACCUGGAUCAAGUCCAUAUCAUCUGUAUCUUGGAUAUCUGUAAUUUGGGCAACAAUAAAGUGGAAGUCUGUUUGCAGAAGGUUUAUACUCCACCAAAGGCUUCUUAA